AUGGAAGCGGACAGAAAGCUGGCGCUGGCCACAAAGGCACAGCUGUUUCGGCGCAUCGUCCUCUUUGUAAUUCCGGGAUAUCUCCUGGUAGUGGUCGGAUGCUUGGCGACGGCGGUGGACAAGGCCUUCGUCGGCCAUGUCUCCUCCUUGCAGCUCGCCUCGAUCGGUCCGGCCUCCUCCGUCUACGAGAUGUGGACGCAGACCAUCCGCGCCAUCAAUGGAGCCCAGCUGGCGCUGCUGGGGAGCCCUCCGGCCGAGAUGAGCAGAGCCUCGAUCCGUGCAGUGGGAUUUGUCUACAUGACGUCUGCCGGGCUUUUUGGAGGGAUCGCCGCAUUUGUCAUGGCUCCCUCUGCUGUCCGAUGGUUCGGGGCGAGUUCAGAAAUGUUUCCAUUUGCGAUGGCCUACCUGCAGGUUCGCGCCUUUUUCAUGGUCAUGGGCCGCGUUCGGGACAGUUGCAAUGUUGUUUGCUUGGCGGAGAAAGACUCUGUGACCCCUUUUGUGGCGUCCGUGAUAGCUUUUGUGGCUAAUGUGCUUGGCGACCUGCUCCUUUGCCCAAAAUAUGGUGCCUUUGGAGCUGCUGUUGCCACGGAUGUGGCAACGUCCGUGGCUGCAGGUUUCACUUUGCAAAGCUUGCGGAACUCCGGUCUCUGGCCAAAGAAGUUUCCGUGUCCGGGCAGGAGAGAAAGCAGGCACUUUGCAAAGUAUGCUUUCAAUCUCUUUUUAAGCGCGGUGGCGCUCCUGAUGAUUCUGAUCUCGGAGACGCGCCUGGCCUCGAAGAUGGGUACGACCUCCGGCGCCGCGCACCAGAUUCUCGACGCGAUUUGGCGCAUUGCUGGCCUCUCGCUGAGUUUGCCGAUGGAGUGGGCAGGCCAGACCUUUCUGUCCAAAGACCUCACGGGUGCAGAAUGGAGACACAUUGCUUCAGUGAUUUCGGCUGCGUCGAUGUGCUUCUCCAUCCUGAGCGCAG